AUGGAUUCAAAAUCGGGAUCGCUCGUCAACGAGUCACCCCCGAGCUCAGAUGCGGUCCAUCUCGAACGUCUCGCCGUGGACGAGGAAAAGCAUGUCGGACAUGUCGGGAGUGUGCAGGUCGAGGACGCCGAUUCUCUUGAAAAGAGCAUGAGCGUCGAUGUGGAUGUGACGAAUCGAAAUGCCAUCAAAGGCGAUGAAUCGGAUGGCAAGGUCGAUUGGACUUGGAUCCAGAUUCUGGCCACCAUCUGUCUGUCGGGAUUAUACGUUGGCUCCCAAAUCCCUCUCUAUUUUCUGGGUGGUACAUUGACCUAUAUCUCCGCCGACCUCGGGGGAACUGAGGCGUCCGCGUGGCUACCUGUGGCAUAUUCCCUUGCUCUGGGGGCCGUGACGCCGUUCUGCGGUUAUCUGCAAGACUUGCUGGGUAGACGCUAUGUGACCCUCACGGGAGGCUUGAUCCUCCUGAUCGGUUGCAUCGUCAUGGCGACAGCCCAGACAUUUCGGGCCGGUGUCGUUGCCAUGUGCUUUGCAGGAGCCGGUGCAUCAAUUGGCGAGUUGACUGCUGUGGCUGGAACGGCUGAGCUGGUCCCUAUCAAGAAGCGAGGUAUUUACCUUGCUAUAGUGACUGCGUCAAUCCUUCCCUUCGCACCUUACCUGCUCUAUGCUCAGCUCCUGGCAAAACACUCAACGUGGAGAUGGGGCAUGUGGCUCUGUGUAAUCUGGAAUGCUGUCUGGUUCACCGGAAUCGCCAUCACAUAUUUCCCCAAGUCACAAACUCGAGCAAGAGGCGUCUCGCGAAGAGCCGUCCUGAAAAGGAUUGACUAUAUCGGAGGCUUGCUAUCCAUCAUCGGCUUGGUUCUCUUCCUCAUUGCUUUACAAGCAGGUGGAUCCUCUCACCCUUGGACGAGCGCCUACGUCCUGGCCAACCUCUUCAUCGGCUUCUUCUUGCUCGUGGGCUUUUUCGUCUGGGAAUGGAAGUUCGCCAGAUAUCCCAUGAUCCCCAAGGAGCUGUUCCAGGGUCAAAAUAUCGUUGCCAUGUGCUUCGUCGUUUCAUUCGUGUCAGGAAUGAACUUCUCUGCUUUGCUUAACUUCUUCCCCUUGGAGUUCACGACAGUUUUCGUCCCGGAUCCGAUCCAAAUCGGCCUGAAAGACAUCCCGCCGGCACUUCUCUUGAUCGGAGGGUCCGUCGCGACGAACGCACUGUUGUCAUAUCUCAAGGGCCAUGGUCGGGAGUUGAUGCUCGUUGGAUGUCUCAUAAUGACAUCAUUCUCAGGAGCCCUUGCAUCGAUCAACCCGGACAAAAGCGCCGCUGUGAUCGGGAUCGGCUCCAUGGCCGCGCUGGGAGUCGGGAUGGUGACAUCGCCGGCCUCGACCAUCGCCAUCACGGUUUCGCCAGACUCGACCAUCGCCACCUGCGUGGCCUUGAUCCUGUGCAUCCGCGCCACGGGCGGCUCGAUCGGCUACGCAAUCUACUACAACGUUUUUGUCGAGAAGCUGACGCCGGCGCUGCCGAAAUACGUGGCCGAGUACGCCGUCAAGGCUGGCCUGCCCGUCGCGGAAGCCGAGCCCUUUACCGCGCUGUUCCUGACCGCGCCACAGAACAUCACCCAGGUGCCCGGCGUCAACGCCACCAUCGUCGAGGCCGCCACCGUCGGCAGUCGCUGGGCCUACGCUUACGCGCUCAAGUAUGUCUGGUACAUCAGUCUGGUCUUUGGCAUCUGUUCCAUCGUCGCCUGCUGCUUCGUCAACAACAUGCAAAAGUACAUGACCAAUCGGAUUGCUGCCAAAGUCGGCAACUGA